AUGAUCGACGAGAUGAAGGACGUUAGUUGGGAUAGUGAUGCUGCUGCUGGAAGUCGCCAAUGGACAUAUCAAACCUGUACAGAAUUUGGUUAUUAUCAAACUUCCUCCUACAAACCUCAUAUAUUUGGCACCCGAUUCCCACUUAGUUUCUCCAUUCAGCAAUGCCAAGACAUUUUUGGAUCUUCAUACAAUGAAACUUUUCUAAACCAUGCUAUAGAAAGGACCAACGUCCUUUAUGGUGGUUUAGACAUUGAAGUUUCAAACGUUGUAUUCGUUCAAGGUUCAUUGGAUCCGUGGCAUGUUUUGGGAGUUACAACAACCUUAAAUGAUAAAGCUCCUGCUAUCCUUAUUAAAGGUGCUGCCCACUGCGCAAAUAUGUAUAACCCUUCCGAUGAUGAUACUCCACAGUUAAAGGCAGCUAGAGUCCAAAUAGAUGAAUUGAUAGGUACCUGGAUAGAUUUGUAA